AUGGUACCAGCUAUGGUUGCGAGUACAACACAAAUGUUGGAAAAGUGGGAGAAAAUUGUAGGGGAUUGUGAAUAUGAGAUGGAAGUGAACAAAGAGCUUCAUAAGCUAACAGCUGAUCUCAUAUCCAGAACAGCAUUUGGGAGCAAUUAUGAAGAGGGAAACCACAUUGUAAAAAUGCAAGAGGAGCAAAUGAUAUAUGUUUCUGAAUCUUUACGCAGUGUAUACAUCCCAGGCUUCAGGUUUGUGCCAACUAAAAAGAAUCGGAGGAGAUGGAAACUAGAAAGAGAAAUAAGAUCAGCAUUUCGAAAACUCAUCCAAAAGAAGGAAGGAGAGAGAGAAAACUGUGGAAAUCUACUUGGCCUCCUACUAACUACAAAUAAAGUCCAAGAGAGAGAAGAUCAAAAAAUGGAUCUCGAAGAAAUUGUGGAUGAGUGCAAAACAUUUUACUUUGCAGGGAAGGAGACCACUGCAAAUCUGUUGACAUGGGUUGUCGUCCUUCUUGCGGUACACACUGAGUGGCAAAACAAAGCGCGCGAGGAAGUCCUUCGUGUUUGCAAAGAGUUUCCUGAUGCAGACAACUUGAAUGACCUCAAAAUUGUGGAAAUGAUUGUAAAUGAAACACUUAGGCUCUAUUCCCCUGCCCCAUUUCUCCAAAGAGAGACUAACAAGGAUGUCAAACUUGGGCGAUAUUACCUGCCCUCAGGCACACAGCUAGACUUGCCCAUAUCAGCCAUCCACCAUGAUACUAGUCUUUGGGGUGAGGAUGCUGAGGACUUCAAUCCCCAAAGGUUCAUUGGUGGUCCCUCAGUUGCAAGAAAACACAUGGCAGCUUUUGUACCAUUUGGGUUGGGCCCUAGAAUAUGUGUAGGCCAAAACUUAGCACUCAUUGAGACCAAAGUUGUGUUGGCUAUGCUUUUGCAGCGGUUCUCCUUUGUGAUCUCUCCUACUUAUGUUCAUGCUCCUAUGUUGGACAUCACUGUGCAGCCUCAGUAUGGAGCACAUAUAGUCCUGCGCAAAUUAUGA